AUGGAUAUGACGACUGGUGUUUCUGGAAGGACCCGAUCGAAGACGGAAUCUUACAUGCGCGAUGAGAUAAAUAAAAGGAAAAGGAAUUCAGUGGGAAAUCAGUCCGGUUCCUCGGUAAAUUCGAGGGAAGAGAGGCAGAAGAGGAGAGCUUCUAUCCGCAAUGCUUGUUCUUCAUCAUCACCGCCGCCGGCGAAGUCGAAACGGCGCCGGAAUACGGCGAGCGAGGAUGACGACGGUGUCGAGUUCAUCAGAAUUAUCCAAAACCCAGAAGACAAGCGAGAGGAUGAGAACGAUGUCGUAUUGAUCGAAAUUAUCAAUCCAGAGGGUAAGCGAGAGGAUGAGGAUGACGAACUCCAGUGUCUCGGAACUAUCAAUCCAGAAGGUAAGCGAGAUAACGAACAUGUAGAACAUGUAGUUUCUGCUUCAGUGAUUGCUCCUAGUUUAGAGUCGAGAUCGCCUGAUCCCGAUAGGGAUUGUGAUUUUGCAGUAGAUAAUGCGGAUUCGAAGGUUGAGAAGGAAGCUUCUAUUUUAACCCCUUCUUCUCCAGAUGAAGAUCUCGUUUGUCUGGGAAGUACCUUUAGAGAGAAAGAACAUGUAGAGGAUCACAAUGUCGAUAUGGUUAUAGAUGUUUCUGUUAAUGAUGCGAAUUCGAGUGGUGAGAAGGAAACUUCUACUUCUCUGCCCCCUUCAGCUCCUGCUGAUGAUGAUGGUGAUGAUGAAGAUGUUGUUUUUAUGGGAUUUAUUCCUCCAGAGGAAGAACAUGUCGAUGAUACUGAUUUGAUUGCUGAGGAGAAGACAUCACCUCUGGAGAUUUCGGAGUCGAGUUCUUGCGAAGAAGGUUCUGCUGAGGAACUAGGGACUGAUUCAAGCGAUGAAGAUGCUGAUUCUGAUUCAUCCGAUUACGUAAAGGAAAGUUCAGAUUCUUCUUAUGCAGAGAGUUCUGAUAGUGACUUCGAUGAUUCUUCUGAGGAGGAUGAGGCUGGUAGUGCCAGAGAUACUGCUAAAGGCAAGAAGAUCCAUAGUGAAAAAGUAUAUACCGGGGAGAAGCGGAAGCGGAAGAGGAGUUCUCCUAUUGAGAAUAACUUGGAUUUAGUUAAUCUGCUUGCAAAAUCUAUUUGGGAGAGAACGAAAAUUUUCGAGGAGGAAGAAGACAGCAUCUGCUCCGGGGAUGAAACAGCAGAGGUUGUUUCUAGAGAAGACCCUAUAGCUAGAGAAGAUCAUAUGGCUAGAGAGAGCGUAGGUGAGAAGGUAUAUGAACAGCGGAAGCGGAAGAGAUCUCAUAGGGAGAAAGCGAAGAACCACAAGAAAGUAGAUUUGAGUUUUGAUGGUGGCGAGACACUAUGGGAAACGCCUCCUUUAAACCUGAGAUUUGGCUGUGACUGUGAGGAUCCUAUGCCAAUUGAGAAAACAGAAGAGGAGGAAGAAAUAGCCAAUUUGUGGGCAGACAUGGCUUUAGCUCUGACAUUGGAAGGAGUACACUCAUCUACUCCUGCUAAAAAGGGAGCUGUGUCAUGUAUCAAUGGGAUGCAUGACUUCGGCCUUGAUGAGGAAAUCGGGCUGAAAUGCCGCCACUGUUCUUAUGUGUCUGUCGAGAUCAGAGACAUCUCACCAGCCAUGGACAAGAAUCGUUCUAAUGUUUAUGAGAAGAAGACACGGAAUGACAGAAAGGGUGAGCCUUUACUUAACGGGCUGGAGUUUGAAGCUUCAGAUCAAAGCAGUCAUGUUGCCUCUUUGGAUGAUAACACACAAGGAACUGUCUGGGAAUACAUCCCCGGCGUCAAAGAUACUUUGUACCCACACCAACAAGAAGGCUUUGAAUUUAUCUGGAAGAACUUAGCAGGGACAACGAAGCUCGACGAGCUGGAGAGCUCAGCGAUAAAGGAAAGUGGCGGAUGCAUUAUGUCGCAUUCGCCUGGAACUGGUAAGACGCGCUUGACCAUCGUCUUUCUCCAGUCAUACUUGGAACGGUUUCCAGAUAGCCAUCCUGUGGUCAUAGCUCCGGCAAGUCUACUGCUUACAUGGGAAGAAGAGUUCAAGAAAUGGAACGCAAACAUUCCGUUUUACAACUUGGGCAGUCAGGAGUUCUCAGGGCAGGAGAUCCAAUCAGCUGUGGCACAUCUAAAGGGAAACAAGAACCAUAACAAGAAUUCCGUCCGCAUGGUUAAGCUGUACUCUUGGAGGAACAAGAAAAGCAUUCUUGGAGUUAGCUACAAUCUGUACGAGAAGCUCGCUAGUAAUAAGAACGCCAGUGAAAAGCCGGAGUUCGGAAAGAUGUUGCUGGAAUUGCCGGGGCUGAUGGUCCUUGACGAAGGCCACACACCGAGGAACAAGAACAGUCAGAUCUGGCAAGUGCUUUGCGAAGUCAAAACGGAGAAGCGUAUCAUUCUUUCAGGGACACCGUUCCAGAACAAUUUCAAGGAGCUUUCCAACGUCUUAUGCCUGGCGAGACCUGCUUACAAAGACAAGAUUUCUUCGAGGCUCCAGGAUCUUAGCAAGCUGAGCCAAGAAGGGAGAAACGGGAGGUUUGAUGAAGAAGUUGGAAUUGUGGAGCUUAAAGAUAUGAUUGCUCCUUUUGUGCAUGUCCACAAAGGAAACAUCCUUCGAGAAAGCCUUCCAGGUCUAAGAGACUGCGUUGUGGUGUUGAACCCGCCUUUUAUACAAGGGAAAAUCCUCAGCAGAAUCGACCUUGCUCAAAACACGUUUGAGCUUGAGCACAAGCUCUCAGCUGCUUCCGUACACCCAUCUCUGUACUUGUGCUGCACUCCGACGAAGAAGGAGGACAUGUGCAUUGGCCAGAGGGUACUGGCAACCCUGGAGAAGAUCAAACUCGACUCCAAGGAAGGUGCGAAAACGAGGUUCUUGAUCGACUUCAUCUGCUUAAGCGAGACUUUGAAAGAGAAAGUGUUGGUGUUUAGCCAAUACAUCGACACUCUGAAGCUGAUCAGUCACCAGCUCAGUGCUGUACUUCGCUGGACUGAAGGGGAAGAGAUUCUCUUCAUGCAUGGCCAACUCGAACAGAAAGAGAGACAGCACAUCAUCAACAACUUCAACAAACCAGACAGUGCAUCUAAAGUGCUACUUGCAUCGACGAAAUCUUGCUCCGAGGGUAUUAAUCUCGUCGGCGCUUCGAGAGUUGUGCUUCUCGACGUCGUUUGGAACCCUUCCGUUGAGAGGCAAGCCAUAAGCCGAGCUUACAGGAUUGGUCAAAAGCGGGUUGUCUACACUUACCAUCUCAUGGUGAAAGGCACGACCGAGUGGGACAAGUACUGUAAGCAAACCAAGAAACAUCGCAUAUCCGAAAUGGUCUUCACUUCCACCGACGAGAAGGAUAAGCUGAUUAGCAAGGAAGUUGUUUCUGAAGAUAGAAUCCUCGACGAGAUGGUUCGGCAUGAGAAGCUCAAAGACAUGUUUGAGAAGAUACUUCAUCGUCCAAAGGAGUCUGAUAUGUUCACCAACGUACUCUGA